AUGGCGACCGUUGAGAAAACCAAAGAGCAGCCCAAGAAGUUCCCCGUGCAAGAGGACCUCUCCGACGGCGAAGACUAUGACAGCGCCGAUGACUACACCGACGACUAUACCGACGAGGAAUAUGAGGAAGUACCACAAACCAAGACACAGAAGAACAAACAACUGCAGAAGAAACCACUGCAGAAACAGAAACAACCCAUUCAAGACGACUCCGAUGGCUACACGGACGAAGAUGACUAUGGCUCAGACGAGUAUGAAUACUCCGACGACGAAGCCGUGCAGCCGUACUCGAACGAAAACUCAAACUUCAAGCCCUCAGGCGGCAUGGACGUCCUCCACAAGGAGGAGAAAUCAAUGCUGGAUGAGGAAGGCAUGAAGUUGAGAUUGGAACUGAAUCUGGAAAUCGAGGUCGAGCUCAAGGCGCGCAUUCACGGAGACCUCACCUUAGCUCUCAUGUAA